UAUCUCCUAUUAUAUCUUUUGCAUGGACGCCUGCCUUGGCAAGGCAUCUACGCACCAAGCAUCGAGACCAAACUACUUCGAAUAGGGGAGAUGAAAGCUGGCUCAGCAUUCCGUGACCUGCUUGCGUGCUCGCCUGUGGAAUUCACGACGUACUUCGAUCACUGCCGCAGUUUGAAGUUCGAAGACAAGGAGAACUAUGCAAUGCUGAAACAGCUGUUCAGCCAGAUAAUGGAAAGGGAAGGGUGUAUGGAUGAGAGCAGGUUUGACUGGGUGGAUGGAAGUUCCCAAAACGGUACACUGGUGCCUAAGAACUAUCACUUGGAUAUC